ACUCUGCAGUGGCAAGUGGCAACAAACUCUUAUUCCCACUCAGUGGUGAAUUUGCCAAACCGGGAUAACCGUAUCCCUAUUCAGGAAUACAAUGUUCUCGUUAAGACUCCCUAUUCCUCUCGUUAAAACACCACCUUCUCCCUCUUGUUAUUAUUCUCACUAUUAUUACUAUCGUUAUCGUUGUUAUCAUCCUUUCCAUCACUGUUCCCAAACACAGAGUCUUAUCGUCUUGAAGCACGGCUCCGCCAUUGCGAAGUGUCACGCUGAUAGCGUGACACUUCAUGAUGACGGAAUCUCGCUCGCCCAAGAGUCGUUGGAGCCACUUCCGGCGGAACUCGCGGCGGAGAUGAUGCCGAAGCAUGUGGCGGUGAUAAUGGACGGGAACGGGAGGUGGGCGAAGGUGAAGGGGCUGCCACCAUCGGCGGGGCACCAGGCGGGGGUGCAAUCGCUGAGGAAAAUGGUGAGGCUGUGUUGCAGCUGGGGAAUUAAGGUUCUAACGGUUUUCGCGUUCUCUACGGAUAACUGGGUUCGCCCCAAGGUGGAGGUUGAUUUCUUGAUGAGGCUGUUUGAGAGAACAAUAAACUCUGAAGUUCAAACUUUUAAGAGGGAAGGAAUUAGAAUAUCUGUGAUUGGAGAUUCAUCAAGGUUGCCUGAGUCUUUAAAAAGAAUGAUAGCUAGUGCAGAAGAGGAUACAAAACAAAAUUCGAGAUUCCAACUUAUUGUGGCAGUGGGAUACAGUGGAAAAUAUGAUGUUGUGCAAGCAUGUAAAAGUGUAGCCAAGAAAGUCAAAGAUGGUCACAUUCACUUGGAUGACAUAAACGAAAACAUUAUUGAACAAGAAUUGGAAACUAAUUGUACUGAGUUUCCUUAUCCUGAUCUACUAAUACGAACUAGUGGCGAGCUUAGAGUGAGUAACUUCUUGUUGUGGCAAUUAGCCUACACAGAACUUUAUUUUAAUCGGGAACUCUGGCCAGAUUUUGGGAAGGAUGAGUUUGUAGAUGCAUUAAGUUCAUUUCAACAAAGACAAAGACGCUAUGGUGGUCGACAUUCAUAAACAUUUGUUUGCAAUAUAUAGUGAUAUACCUUGAUAAACAUAUACAUUAAUUAGAUACUAAGCAACAUAAAUAUUAGUAGUUUGCUAGUUAUCAAUGCCAUGAUUUAGGCAUAAGAAAGCAACAUGGAAAGAUAUUUAUAUAUAUAUUGAUCUACAGACUUGUUAACAGGUAUUUGGAAAAAAGAUAAAUGAUAUUGUAGACUUAUUAUAUUCUUAAAAUAUUGUCUUUUUCUUCA